CAUGUCUGCUGCUUUUACACCUGUAUCUUCUUCAUCCCCUACUCAAGCUUCAAGAUGAGCAUCACAGAUGUCCUCAGUGCUGCUGAUAUAGCUGCUGCUAUGAGGGAGUGCCAAGCUCCUGACACUUUCAGUUACAAGAAAUUCUUCAAGACCUGUGGUCUAACUAAAAAGUCACCUAACGAAAUGAAACAAGUUUUUGGAGUGAUGGAUAAUGAUGAGAGUGGCUAUGUUGAAGAACACGAACUUAAGUUUUUUCUUCAGCGUUUUGAUUCUUCAGCCAGAGUGCUAACAUCCUCUGAGACAAAAGAUUUCAUGGCUGGAGCCGAUCAUGAUGGAGAUGGGAAAAUUGGAUUUGAAGAGUUCCAAGCAAUGGUUCAUUCCUGUUAAAGCCAGUGAUGAGCAAAGCCUGGUGAUUUUUUUUUUUGGCAAAACCCAUUUUACACUGAAAGAAGAACAACCCUCAAAACAUCAAAUGACUUUCAAUCCUCAUCAUAACAUGUGAAUUUCUGGCGCACUAGUGGUGGGGCCUCCUAAAAUGUGCUGUUUUAUGUGGGACCUGCUAACACUGCAUGUGUUAAUUAUCCAAUAAACAAUAAA